GCAGGUUCUGUCGGUCACCCGGCGAUAACAGCGAGGGCGGAACAGCUUGGUCGAGUCUCGAUGUCCAGUGCGGCGCCCACAGGGAUAUAACCACAAACUUCGCACAGGAAGAUUCAUGCACUCGCAUUAUCUGUUCGCUCAGACUGAUGCUCGGGCAGGACAGAGGUUGGACAGAAAGAGGAUGAUGGCUAAUAAGUUGUUUGCUCGUUAAAUAAUAGAGUAGUGAUAUAGGUAGCGGGUUAGCAUUGCAUGCUAGCGCAUCAGCAGCAUAUAUUUAUAUAUAUAUAUAUAUAUAUAUAUAUAUAUAUAUAUUUGCAUGGAUAUAGAGACAGGCUGGUUAGCCAGGAUGCUAGUUUUUCUUUUCUAAUUAGGACCAAUUGAGCCUUUUUGUGUUUUACAGUUAAACUGAACAUUUCCCAGUACGACCAGCUCCUGCUCGGGGAAGGUUGUAGGUGUUUUUUUUUUAUUGCGUGUCUUUUUUUGUAUUUUCUAAAAAAGCAGCAGGAGUUGAAAUUUAAGCUUGCUGGAGUCCGAGGAAGGAGCGUUAAGAGCUAAAAGCUAACAAGCUGUAAGCGGUGUACCGAACGAUUUGGAAGUUGGUGCGGCCGCGUGUUCAUGCAGGUUACGUCGAAAAUUUGAUCGGGGGGAAAAAAAAAAAUCAUGGACACAUGGUUCCGUAUACGGAUUCGUGAUUUCUGGUUAGUGUGGCCAUGCAUGUAGCUAGCAGCUGCUUUCGGUUGUAGACGUCCUUUACGCGUGCAGGGCUCGUUAGCUUGUGCUAACCGCCUGAACACUGCGAGAUGCGCAAAUAAAAGCGGCAGUUGAACUCGCUUUGGCUGCUUUGAGGCGCUCAACGAUGUAGCUUUCUAGCGGAGAAACGAAGUGCACGCGGUUGUGAAGUGAAUUCGGACAUUUAGGAAAGCACCAUGAACAACCAAGGCAUGAUGGCGCAGGAGAAGAUGGAGUUGGACUUGGACAUGCCGUCGGCUCUGCUGCAGGGAGACGGACACUUGCGGCGAUCCAACAGCGAGCCCAUGAUAAACGGCUUAAGUGACAACUCUCAGGUUUUCCAGAGAGAUAUCCAACGAAGCAGACGAAACAGCACAACUCUUGUUAACCGGCCGAACAUGGUUCCAUCUUCUCCAGUUCGCAUCCCUAGCACCAGGCUUGAAAGAAUCAAACAGGAGGAGGGGGUAGAUGUGAUGAACCGGGAAACAGCUCAUGAACGGGAGGUGCAGGCUGCAAUGCAAAUGAGCCAGUCAUGGGAGGAAAGUCUUAGUCUGAGUGACAACGACUUUGAGAAGUCUUCAUCAUCGUCGCCGAAGCGUAUUGAUUUUGUGCCCGUGUCUCCGGCUCCAUCUCCCACCAGAGGAAUUGGGAAGAAGCAGUGCUUCUCUCCAUCUCUGCAAAUAUUGGUGAGCAGUAAUGGUCUAACUCCUAGCCCCAUUCCCAGCCCAACACGCCGCUUCAGCAGAAGGAGUCAGAGCCCCAUCAACUGCAUCAGACCCAGCAUUUUGGGGCCCAUCAAACGAAAAGUUUCAGGAGAGAUGGAGGCAGAAAGCCAGCCAAAGAGACUUUUCCAGGGUACCACCACCAUGUUGUCCACAGAGACGGCCCACCUGCCUGAACUCAACUCAUGUUUAUCUGCUGACCUGCUUGAUGGAAGCCUCAGUAGUGUCGGCUCUUCUUCGGGUUCUCCAUCUAAGAUGGAAGGAGUUUCACCCUCCUCAAGCAACUCCCCCUUCACCCCGCUUCAGGACCUUUCACCCAAGUGAUCGACACGUGUCUUUGUGAACAAGAAAAGGCCACAUGAAUGAGUUUCUUGUGCUUCUGUUCCAUGCCUUCCCAGCCAUACUUAUUUUAUUUUUCUUCAUGUGAGGAUUUUUUGUGGGUCAUUGUGGGGAAGCUCUGUAAUAAAAGAAGCCAAAGCCCUGCAGGUAUUUUGUAUGGACUGUACCAUUUGGGUAAUCAGCAGUAGUAAAGACUGAAUGCUGUUUACACCAGCUGCUAUAAAAAGGUGUAAUAUUUGGGGUGAUGCUCCAUAAUGAAAUGAACAGCAUUUCAGAACCCUGCAGUUUCUGUAUGAUUUUUAUUUUAUUUUAUUUUUUGUCCCCCUGGCUUUCUUAAAUGAGGAGAGAAUUCUAUUAUACAAAGUUAAGCUCUUACAGAGCAAAGUUUUCCCAUUUGCAACAGUACCAGUAGGUUGGCUGUGACCAGGUCUAUUAAUUUACACAAACAGAAUGCCAACAGGUGUUGUGAGAGAGAAUUUAACUUAUUUAAAUUUUUUUGGGUUCCAGCUUGGGUUUUUUUAUGUUCUUUGUAAGUAUGUACAUACAUUUUAAUGUCUAUUAGCUUGUCAUUUGUGUUCCAUGAGGGAGUGAAUGUGUGCACAGUGCUCGAGCAGUUAACUGACAGCUGGGUGCGAUUGCACAUCGCAUACGUUUACCGUUUGAAUCCGCAUUUAGUCACGUGUAUAAGGAUCAGCCUUUCAUUAUUCAUGCAGAUGGAAGGAGGCGGCAACACUAUCGACGAGUGCCUGUUUAUCACUCUUAGUGUUUCAUUAAGUUUUUCUAAUGGAGUUAACAGUUGCCACCAUGCAAUAUUAAUGGGGAGUUGUACCACUAAAUCCAGGAUUUGAGCACUACAGUCCGAGUUGCAAUUUGUCUUCAGGUCUACCACCUUGGGAUGUGGUUUAGCCCUGUCAGCUUUAGAGAAGUGAACUGCCUCACUGCAGUGUGUUUUACAGCCCUUUAAAAUGGUGGCUUGACCCUUAUUCGCUUGUCUUUGGAAUCACUGUGUGACAAUACCAACCUUAUACAAAUGACUUGUGUUCAAUGCCCUUUUUUUAUUUUUAUAUAAACAUGAGAACUACUGCAUACCACUGUCAGUUAUUUUGGCGAGAACGCAGUUUGGAUAACUAGUAGAAUAGAAGCAGCUGCUGAUGGAGACAUUUAGAAUAAUUAGGGUCUGGAGGAAGGUCAUCUGCUGAUUCAAGUAAACGUUUGUAAAUAAGAGAUGUAAAAUUGUAUUUGUGCAUUUGAGCUUUUGUUAUUUUAGUAAAUAGAAUUUUUUUUUCUGUAAAUGGCUUUAUGAAUUAGUUUCCUUGGAAAAAAAAAAUGACUAUUUCCUCAGAGCAUGAUGCAUCGUAAAUGUUUUUAUUUGCAAGCAAGAAAAUGAUUGUAAAUUUUUUUUUCCAUGAUUUUGAAAUUAACAGUGCGUUUUAUUGCCCCAUAUUAGAAAUAUGCCUGAGGCAAAACUGCACUGUACAUCCUUUCUCUGAAUGUCUGUCUUUGCAAAGAGGGAGGGAGGAGCAGUAUGUGGGUCAUGGAGGUCCCCUUUCUGUACUGUAUUGAUGGUUGCAGUGUUUGUGGUUUGAUUUAGCAAUUUUUUUGUUUGUGGGUUUUUUUUUUUUUUGUCCUUUGGACUUGUCUGGUCUUUUAUUUAAAUUACAAUGUCCUCUUUUCAAGAGCAUAAACCUUAAGCUUAUGUGUUAAGUGAGUCGAGUGCUUUGCUGAGCUCGGCUCUAAAUGGACAAAGAUAUUUUCUUGUCCCCUUUAUCAGUGAUCUUCAGAUUACAAAAUAAAUUAUUGGUCUGGCAAA